UUUGCACAAAAAUUGUAUUUUUCUUGUAGUUGGUUGUUUUACUAAAGUUAACAUUACUCGUGGAGUUAUUUGUUUCACCGUUAUCAUGAAUCCGUUGACCAAUGUCAAAAAUAUUCAGAAGCUGAAUGAAAAAGUUUUACAAAUGGGUGUCGAAGAUAAUGCAUCAUGGCAUAAACAGUAUAAAGAUAGUGCUUAUGUUUUUAUAGGUGGAAUGCCUUAUGACCUAACUGAAGGAGAUAUUUUAUGUGUAUUUUCUCAAUACGGCGAAAUUGUAGAUAUUAAUUUAGUUCGGGAUAAAUCAUCUGGAAAAUCAAAGGGUUAUGGAUUUUUAUGUUACGAAGAUCAAAGAAGUACAAUACUUGCUGUAGAUAAUCUUAAUGGCAUCAAGCUUGGAGGUCGAACAAUCCGAGUUGAUCACGUAGCAAACUACAAACGACCAAAAGGUGAUGAGCGAGAUGAAAAAGGUGAAAGAAAAGAAUUACCUCUUGUUGGAUGUGCGCCCACAACACCACCUGGUUCAGACGAAGAUCAGGAAGAGGGAAACGAUAUGACAUUGGAUCCUAGGAAGAAGAAAAAGAAGAAGGAAAAAACACAGAAACGACCAAAAGAAAACAAGAAAAAUAUAGAGAUGGCAGGAAAAGAGCGAAAACAAGGAUUAUCGUCUGGUCAAGAGAGUAUAUUAUCAAAGAUUGCGAAAUUAGACCAAAAUUUCGAGGGUAAUAGUAGAAAGAGAUGUAGUGAUGAGCGUGGUGACCAGGAUAGAUCACACUUAGAAAAGCAUAGGAAAUCAGACUAUAAAGACAGUGACAGAGAAACAAACCGCAGAAGAGAGCGAAGAGAAAGAGAUAACGAGAGACAACGUGGAGAUAACGAAAGAGGAAAAGAUAGAGACAGAAAACGAUAUGAAGACACAAGAAGGUAAGUUUAGUGCCAAACAAUAGACCUCAUCUCGUCUCAUUAAAGUCUCGGGUAUCAUGAAACAAUAAUUUGGAAACUUUUUCUAAACAAAGAAUAUCAGACGAAAAUAUACUUUUACGAUAGGCAUUUCCAACGGAGGCUAACAAUGCAAAACUUGCAGUGAUUUAGUACCAAAAGCAGUGAAUUCAAUUUAUAAUUAUAUUGUCUGGUCACAAUUCCAUUAUUUAUUGUAUAUUUCUAUAUUUCAGUA